AGUCAGUCAGAAACUCCCCUGUUGCUCGACACGCCAUAGUGUGUGGACUGAAGCAGCAACAACAGAAGCUCCUCCCUAUAAGAGCACAUCUGGAACAGUGGAAAGGUGAACAGGCACAUACCAUCAACGUGGUCUGAGUCUAGGAUAAAGUCAUAACAUUUGGGUUAGUAAGAGAAGCUACUUUUCUCCUGCAGGCUAAAAGUACAACUCCUCCACCUAACGUUGGGCCGCUGGUUUUCUGAACACACCCCAGUGGUGCAUUUCUCCGAUCAGGGAGUAAAACUUCAACCUGUACAUCAUCACUGACUGAUAGCACCUACUAACUGCAGGAUGCCAUUAGGAGGGGGAAACAAGUGUGGCCGCUGUCAGAAGACAGUUUACUUUGCAGAAGAGGUCCUUUGUGAUGGGCGGAGCUUCCACAAGUCUUGCUUCCUGUGCAUGGUGUGUGGGAAGAACUUGGACAGCACAACUGUAGCUGUUCGUAUGGAUGAAAUUUACUGCAAGGCAUGCUACGGCAAGAAACAUGGGCCAAAAGGCUACGGUUAUGGCCAGGGAGCAGGGACACUCAGCAUGGACAAGGGAGAGUCUUUGGGUAUUACACAUGAAGAACCUGCACCUCAUCGUCCUACCAGCAACCCGAACCCAUCCAAGCUGGCUCAGAAGUUUGGAGGGUCAGACAAGUGCCCUCGCUGUGGGAAGUCUGUCUACGCUGCAGAGAAAGUGAUUGGAGCCGGGAGUUCAUGGCAUAAGACUGGAUGUUUCACCUGUGCAACAUGUGGGAAGAGCCUUGAGUCAACCACACUAGCUGAUAAGGAUGGAGAAAUCUACUGCAAAGGCUGUUAUGGCAAACACUUUGGUCCCAAGGGAUUUGGGUACGGACUGGGAGCCGGGGCGCUGUCGCAUACCAAGUAACUUGGUAGAGACCACUGAGAUCUCUGUUGACAGGUUUCCAGAAAGCUGCAUUUCUGUCUUCUUCCUGCAGAGGGCAGUCUGCACCUGACAGCCACAUGCUUGAUAAAAAAAGCUGUAUUAUACUAUAUUAUUGUACAGUGAGAAAUAUAACACAAUUUCUCCCUUAUAUUGGCCAAAAAUCAUAACUAGUGCUGUUACAGUAAAUCUUAAUACAUAGGCCUAAUCCAUAGGCCUACAUAAUAGUGAAACAUUAGGCCCUAUUUACGUUUUUAACACUUUAUUGAUGAAUUGCAUUGCUCUUACUGUUUUUUUUUAUUUGUCCCUCUUAUGAAAUCUCACUAGGCUAUCAUUAAACAGUAUUCUAUGUAACAGAGUAAAUGCUGCUUUCUUUAUAUGUUAUGCUUUCCAAACAGCAUGUUAAUAAAUAAAGUUGAAAGAU